ACACCUGAGUUGAGUUUUGGUACUUGUUCAUAGCUAGGUAGAACAUAACUACAUAUACUGCUAUUUAUCAUAUAGUGCCAUUGCAUAAAUGCAGAGUAACAGAGGAUUCGAGCGUGUGCUCAGUUACUUUGAUGAGGAUGGAGAUGGGAAGAUUUCGCCAUCGGAGCUGAGAAACCGGCUAGGUAUGAUGGGAGGAGAGCUGCUGCCAAAAGAGGCGGAAGUUGCGGUGGGGUUUUUGGACUCGGAUGGGGAUGGCUUGCUGGGUUUGGAUGAUCUUGUUGAGUUGAUGGAAGGGGGAGAAGAGGAAGAGAAAAUGAAGGGUUUAAGAGAGGCUUUUGAAGUGUAUGACGUGGAGGGAUGCGGGUUUAUAACACCCAAGAGCUUGAAGAGAAUGCUUAACAAGUUGGGUGAGUCCAAGUCUAUAGAGGAAUGCAAGGUGAUGAUCAAUCAGUUUGAUUUGAAUGGGGAUGGCCUCAUCAGCUUUGAAGAGUUCGUAGUAAUGAUGCAAUGAAACAAAGACUCACGGUGGCUCUGUGUACAUAUAUAUAUAUAUAUUGAUCCGAUUCAUUUAUUCUUAUUCUUUAUGGAUUGAUGUUCUAACUGAGCUGUGCUCAUGAUGUAAUGAUUCUGCUCUUUUGUAUUGGUAUAACUUCUGCAUACUAGAAUUCAUUUUUAUUGAA